AGUCUACAUCAACACUUCAUCAGCGCAUGUUAAAGCGGAAGCAUAUAAAAGUAUUUGAUUUUCGGAUUGAUAUUUGAAUUUGAUUAGAUAAGACAAUUAAAAGUCAUUUAGGAAAUAAUUUAUCGCAAUUACGCCAAUAAGAAAAUAUCUACUUGGAGAAUGAAAGAGUGGAUUAAAAUAACUUUGAUUCUGUGCAGUUUUGGUUUCUUUCGGGAAAUGAGACCAAAUGAACCAUUUGUGACAGAAUUCUUAUCGAACGGAGUAUGGAGAAAUGUAACGUCGGAACAAGUUAAUCGUGAGAUUUAUCCAUUUGGGACCUACAUGUAUCUUGCACAGUUAUGCUUGGUAUUCUUAGUAACUGACAUUUUGAGAUACAAACCAAUCAUCAUCGUAUCGGCUGUUGUUGCCCUUAUAAUGUGGUCGCUAUUAUUAUGGACAUCAUCAUUGCUGGCACUUUAUUUCGUUCAAGUUUGUUAUGGUUUUUUCAUGGCCGCCGAGAUUGCUUACUUCACUUACAUGUAUGCCAAAGUGGAGAAAAAUAAAUAUCAAAAAGUGACAGGUCAUGCAAGAGCUUCUUUAUUAUCGGGUCGUUUUAUAGCAUCUGUGAUUGCACAAAUACUCGUUUCAUUUGAAUUGAUGAACAUCAGAGAACUUAAUUACAUUUCUCUUGGUGCUCAAAUGAUUUCCUUAGUUAUCGCAAUUUGUUUGCCUUCUGUUGGUAUCAGCAUCUACAUGUGGAGUUAUGAUACUAACAAAACAAUGGAGAAAGACAAUACAAACAUGACGGAAGCCUUAAAAGAUUUAAAUUCAUUGCAACAAUCUGUAUUUGAGUCUACAGAAAUAAAGCCAACAUUUUCAUGGACUCGGGCAAAAAACCUACUUUGGGAACAUUUUAUACAAGCUUACAGUAGUAAGACAGUUCUUGUAUGGUCCAUUUGGUGGGCACUUGCAAUGGCGGGAUUUCUAAUAAUUCAAAGUUAUGUUCAACUUUUAUGGCAAGAAAUUGACCCGAAACAAGAAAACUUUUUCAAUGGUGCUGUUGAAGCUGCAUUAACUUUACUUGGAGCAAUAAGUUGUUUAAUUGCAGGAUUUAUUCCUAGUGAUAUUUUUGAAAAAUUUGAUUUAUGGAUCCUCUCAUUAUGCUGCUUUGUAGAAGGAAUAAUGAUUGUAAUAUCAUCAAUAACAUCAAGUGUUUGGGUUGCAUAUGUUAUGUACAUACUAUUUGGUAUUCUCUAUAUGUUUAUGAUAACACUUGCAAGUGCAACUGUAGCGAAAAACUUAGUUGAAGAUAGUUUUGCAUUGAUAUUUGGAAUUAACACUUUAUUGGCUUUAGUGAUUCAAACCAUCAUGACCAUUGUAAUAAUUUCAGAAAGUGGUUUGGAACUUUCACCUCGCAAUCAAUUUUUAGUGUUUGGAAGUUAUUUUGUAGUCUUAUCUGCUAUCUUUUUAAUAGCAUCCUUCUUAAAAAGGGGUUUAAGUGCCUUUCGUAUGACUUUAUGUCGAUAUAGAAAAAACACAAAAGCUCUGAAGUUUUUAUUACUUGUAGCAUUUAUUUGUGUCAUCACUAUUGUUUUAAGAUGGAAUAUUGCAGUUUUUCUAAUUAUUAUUGUUUGUGUUGGAUCAUUUAUGAUUCUGGCUUACAUAAUACAUGAUAAUGAAUCGAAAAUCAAAGUACAAACUCUUGUAACAUCUCUUCUGCAAGUUGAUAUAAGUUACAAUAAAAGAAAACCACCUGAUGAUGUUAAUCAAGGCGAAAUCAAAGUGACUGCAGAAUUAGAUGCAGCAAUCGAAAGUUUCUUCAAAAAAAUUAUAGAAACAUUCUUACAAUCCUGGUACACGGAGCUAUGUCAAGAUGAAGCUUUCAUUUUAAGUGUUAAAAUAGAAAUAGCUGAAGCUCUUAAAAAACUUGCCCUUAGGCUUAAUAAUAUUGAUUACUCAUUGAUGAUAAGCACAAAACUUUUACCUGUUGUUUACUCUCACAUGAACCUUUUUAAAGAAUUGACUCAUAAUGCGAAUUUAGAAGAAGAACAAAUAAUUGAAUUAUACAGAGGCAAUGAGCAUCUAAUUCACAAAGCAACACUCAAUAGAAACUCAGAAAUUACUUAUUUACGUUCAUUUUCCAAAUAUUUUCAACCAUUUUUAAUUUCUCGAAAUCAUCUAGAAUGUGAUAUUCUUUUGAAUCUUUUACGAGAAAUUCUGACACAUGCGGUGCUUUUACCAAUGAUGGAUGCCAUUGCUGAUCCAGCAAUUAUUAAUUCACUUGUGAUACUAGCAACAAAUCCUAAAAUUCAUGGAAAAGUUCAAGUUAAAAAGAGUGGAAAAGAAGUUGUUCUGCUUGAGAACUUUGUUAAAAAAUUUGAGAUGAAUUUGAAAUCUGAAAACGAUGAUGAGGAAGAGGAAGAGUUUUAUAUUGCUGGAAAUUUCUUCACGGACCAAGAAAAACUUUAUAGUUUUAUGCAACAUCUUAAAAACAAGAGCAAUAACGAUAUUGAUCUCUUGAAGUUUUAUUUAGAUGUUGAACAUUUAAAUGUGGAACUUGGCAAGUAUGAUGUCAUUUGUGAUCCAAUUAAACUAUCAGAAUUGCAAUUAAAAUCAGUGAAGCUCUUGGAACUAUAUCAAAAUAAAUUAAUUGAUGAUUCGGAACCAAAGCCAAGUGACCUUUUCAAAGCACACGAUCUUGCUCGAAGAAAACUCGAAUCUAAAUGGAAGAAAGGUUUUUCAAGAAGUGCUGAAUAUUUUCCACUCAUUUAUGGUGAUCGAGAUGAUACGACAAAAACUUAUGAGGCAGCUAAAGGAUUUGACAUCAAUGACAGUUCCAUGCCUCAUCAAAAACUUUCAACAAAGCUAAGAAGUGUGAUGAGUAUUCGUGGUGGAACAGUUGAAGGUUUAGAAGCUACUGAGAUUCCUAUUUGGGAUGCUUUAGAUCAUCCAUUGGAACCGUCCAGUUAUUACAACUCAGUUGCUAUUAAACUUCGAAAGGAACGUGGCCAAGAUUUGGAAACCUUCAUGCAAGCAUUCUUCCAUUCAAUUGAACAAGAAGCGGAUAUAGGUGAAGACGUUGCUUUAAUACAGACAAGAGAAGAAGAAAAUAAUCGGAAACGAAAAAUCAUCCCAAAUCGACUAAAAAAUGUUCAAUUGUACAAAAAUCUUUUUAAUAUUACAAAAAGUUUUGGCGGCUACAUAGGUCAAGAUUAUUGCGAUGUGAAAAAAUUGAAAACUUCCACUCAAAGUGCAAUAACAUUUUUAGUGUCAAUAUUGAAUAUUAACGACAUUAUUGUGAGAAUAGUGAGAGGAUUUUUCUCCCUUCUUCCUGACUCUGACUUCAUCAUUAUUGAACUCGUCAGAAAACUUUUACAUAAAAUCAUCAAUCAAACCAUUUUAGCAAAAUUGAUAGACGAAUUAAAAGAGAAAAUUUUCGACUCAAACCCAACUGUUGAUCCAACUGAUGUUGAAUUGAAUAAACAAAGACAUCUCGCCAUGGUUCAAGUAUCAAAAGUUAAUAAGAAUUUAGGAAAUAUUCUAUGUUUACUUCAGUAUCCCCUGCUAAAUAAACAAUUGGCGUAUUGUCUUAUUGACGUGGUAAUUGCUGAGAUAUUUCCUGAACUGAAUCUCGACACCAAAGAUUAGUUUGAUGAGAAAUUGUUUUUUUUUAAAUUUUAAUUUAUAACGACAAGUAAAAAUGAUAUUGUUGCGUUAUUUAAUUUUAUUAUGUUUAUUUUCUAUUCUUUCAUCCUCUGAUAUUAUGAGAAACAUUCCAAGGAAAAUCAUUGAAGCUCCAAUCCACCAUAAGAAGUUUGUUAUCUCUUUAAAGAUUAACACACCGAGAAAGCCAGAAACGAUAUAAUUUGAGGCAUUUGAUAUAACUGUAGGGAUCAAUGUGCUGUUGUCAUUGGCAUGCAGACCUCUCACAAAGUAUCUCCAGACCAUUGCAUUUGAAGCAAGCAUAAGUCCGAAGAAAACUCCUUGUUGAAUUAAUGAAAUUUCCUACGAUGGAAAUGAAAUUAGUUAGAUAAUUAAAUCUUUGUUAAAUAUUUUACGUGAUAAAUAAAUGAAUAUAUGAUAGAUAAAUGAAGAAAGGAAAUUCCUGAUAUUCUUUUUUUAUUUUU